UUUCUUUCUUUCUUUAUUCAUUUUGUUUUUGUUUUAAGGCGCAUAAGUAAUUUGUUAUUUUUUUAUUCCUUUUAUUUUUCUGUCUAAUUUACUAACGGGUCUUUUAGUUUGGUGGUGAAUUGGGGGUUAAAGAAUUUGCUUCCUUUUCAGACCUAUUAGGCAGCGUUUCUUCGAUUUAGGGGUUUGGAUUUUCCUUCUGAUUUCUUCGUUUUAGCCUAGCUGUGGAUUGAGGAUAUUACCUCGUUUUGACCAAUUUGGUUCGCAGAAUUCUCGCCUCCCCUUGAGCUUGCUCGCUGCCUUCUCUUCUUUCUCAAAGUUCCUUUAUUUUAUUCGCCAAAUUGCUGGGUUUUUGCAAGCCAGAACCUUCUUCAUACUUGCUUAUUUCUUGGUGGAUUUGCCAUCUUGAGGAGUUAAUUUGGUGUUCUAUGAUUUCUUUUGUUUUGGUGGUUUUGCAAUGGUUAGAGGCGUUGGGUUGAUAGAUAGAUAGAUAGAUAAGUAGAUAGAUAGACAGAUAGACCAGUUGGGGAACAUUGAAGAAGUUAUUGUAGUAGUUUUGGGUUUUUAGUUCUUUUAGUGAGAAUUGUUAAUGUGCCCUUUUUUUACUGAUAUUUAACUGGAGAAGUUGUGCCUCUGGCAUGCAUAAAAAAUGAUGUUCCAUUCUCAGGGUUCUUCAAGGCCUUCUAGUCUUCUUGCUGUCCUGAAUGGUGGUAAAUCAUGUGAGGAUAAGCAAAAAGAGAAGCAAGAGGAAGCUUCUGCUUCGGAGAAUCAAUCACAAUACCCCUUUCCGGAGCUUUCUUCCUCUGGUCGUCUUGAGGUGACGGUAUUAACUAAACCUACUGUGGAUGAACUCGGUCGAGUAAUUGAGCAACUGCAGCCAGAUUUUGUUUACCUACAAGGUAGACAGCUAGAAGAAAGUGGAGAAAUUGGAUCUCUUAUAUGGGAAGAUUUUGACCUGUCUAGUCCAGAAGCAUUAUGUGCAUUGUUUUGUUCAAAAUUACCUAAUACUGUUUAUUUGGAAACUCCUAAGGGAGAAAACUUGGCAGAGGCACUCCACUCUAAGGGAAUUCCUUACACCAUAUAUUGGGAAAAUGACUUUUUAAAGUAUGCAGCUUCUCAUUUUCAUCAAGCUUUGUUCUCAGUGGCACAGAGUACAUCGAGUCACACAUGGGAUGCUUUCCAGCUUGCUCUUGCAACUUUCAGACUAUACUGUGUACGAAACAAUGUCUUUCCUCCUAACAAUAAUAAAGGUGGUGGCAAGCUUGGGCCACAAAUUCUUGGUGACCCUCCCAAUAUUGAUGUUGGUACAAGUGAACAUGACAUAGAACAGGAGGAGACUGAACCUGAGAGCAUUUCUGCUAUAACAAUAUAUGAUACUGAUGUGAACAUGAGAUUUCUUGUUUGUGGAGUUAAUUGCACUUCGGAUGCUUUUUUAUUGGGGUCAUUAGAGGAUGGACUUAAUGCUCUCCUAUGCACAGAAAUACGUGGAUGUAAACUUUACAACCGAACAAGUGCUCCACUACCACCUCUCCAAGCAGCAACAUUCUCACGUGGUUUGGUGACCAUGCGUUGUGAUAUAUCCACUUGUAGUUCUGCUCAUAUAUCACUUUUGGUGUCUGGUAGUGCAGAUACUUGUUUUAAUGAUCAGCUUUUGGAGAAUCAUAUUAAAAAAGAGCUCAUUGAGAAGAGUCAGCUUGUUCAAGCAGUUCCUAAUCACGUACGAAGCAAAUUGUCUUACUCUGAGCCUCGAAGAUCAUCCUCAGUAGCCUGUGGAUCAAGCGUCUUUGAAGUUUGCAUGCGUGUUCCUGCAUGGGCUUCACAGAUUCUGAGACAGCUGGCUCCUAAUGUAUCAUACCGUAGCCUAGUGAUUUUGGGAGUUGCUAGUAUUCAAGGAUUGCCAGUUGCAUCAUUUCAUAAAGAUGAUGCUGAACGUCUCCUUUUCUUUUGUACUAGGAAGGGGAAAGAAAACUCUAGUAAUGAUCCUGUUUUCUCUGGGUAUCCUACAUGGCUGAUGCCUCCAGCACCUAGUCGAAAAAGAUUUGAACCAUGCUCUAGGAAAAAGUCAGAGGAUUUUCGUAGUGAUAGACAUAAAUUAGAUUUUGCUGCAAUGAGACCAAUUCCUCAUUCUAAUUAUCAUAAGAUUCUUCCCUUUUCGGGAUUAUCUGAGGGUGAAAGGCAUGGGGAACAUGGAAAGUCAAAUCAGUUACUUGCUCCUAUUAGGCAUAAUGUUGUAGGCAUAAAUUCUGUACCAAAGAGGAAAUCUGCAUCAAACACAUUUCAAGCUCUUCAGGUUAUUUCUUUAAAUCCGCUACCUAUGAAAAAGCAUGGUUGUGACAGAGCUCCGAUACGAGUUUGCUCAGAGGAGGAAUUCUUGAGGGAUGUGAUGCAGUUUCUAAUCCAUCGAGGGCAUAAUCGCCUAGUCCCACCGGGUGGGAUAGCGGAGUUUCCUGAUGCCAUUCUCAAUGCAAAACGCCUUGAUCUUUUCAACCUGUAUAGAGAGGUGGUUUCAAGAGGAGGCUUUCAUGUUGGGAAUGGUAUCAACUGGAAAGGGCAAGUUUUCUCAAAGAUGCGGAAUCACACUUUGACAAAUAGAAUGACGGGUGUUGGCAAUACAUUGAAGAGACAUUAUGAGACUUAUCUUUUAGAAUAUGAAUUAGCUCACGAUGACGUAGAUGGGGAGUGCUGCUUGUUGUGUCACAGCAGUAGUGCAGCAGGGGACUGGGUGAACUGUGGUAUAUGUGGUGAGUGGGCUCACUUUGGAUGUGAUAGGCGGCAGGGACUUGGGGCAUUUAAGGACUAUGCUAAAACUGAUGGGCUGGAAUACGUUUGUCCUCACUGCAGCAUUUCAACUUACAGAAAAAAAUCUCAAAAAACUCUCGCAUUUGACUAGGAAAAAUGUAAAUGGCAAGGGUCCUAAACCGUUCAAUUGUAAGGGUAUGUUCUGAAAAUUGUUGUUCUUUCGCACGUGUAAUUGAUUUUGAACCUUCAACAUAAACAUAUUAUGCUCCCCAAAAGGGCCAUUAAAAUUUUCCGCAUCACUAAUAUAUUUUCUUAAUGGUGCAGUCGGCUAUAGUAUAUGCAACAUGACAAUUUUGACCCUCUUUUUGCUUGAUGUGUCUAUAUACUCUAUUGUUAUUGCUUGCAUUUGAAUCUCAUUGAAAAUAUGUUAUCCCAUACAAAAGUUGCAAUCUUGAAAGAGGAACAAUAGUUGAGUUAUCUCUGAGAUCUCACUCACGGGUUUAAACCGUGAAAACAGCCAGUG